AGAGGAAGAUGACCAAAUGACUGAAGAAGCCUCGAUGAUCAUCGAACAUGGAUUGCUUCCAGUUGAUGAAGAGGAAGAUGAAGAUGAAAAGGAAGAGGAAGAGGAAGAUGACCAAAUGACUGAAGAAGCCUCAAUCAUCGGAGAGAAUGAACCUGGAGAUGUAGAUGAGUUGCAGGUGUAUAAGAAAAAAAGGUCUCUUGAGGAUAUUGAAGAAGAAGAAGAAGAUAAGAGGAAGCCAAGACCUGUUAGAAGCACAUCUGUUGGUUCACCUUCCACCACUAUUGUGAUUGAAGAUGAUGAUGAAGAAGAAGACAAGAAUAAAUCAAGCUCUUCAGACAAAAACAAUUUGAGUACAUUAGAGAUUGAUGAUGGAGAUUUCGAAGAAGACCCCGAAUGGAUUUUGGUUGGAAGGAAAUCGGUAGUUUCACUUUCCACCACUAAAGGAAUGAAACUGGUGAACAAUGAGAUUGUUCAUUUCACCUUUCCUGACCGAGAGAAACUCUCUUCAAUGCCAGCAAGCUCAAAGGCUAUUGCUGCCGCCUCUACCACAGUUCGUUUCUCCACUAAAAGAUGCGGACAGAUUGGGAAGUUGAAGCCUGAAUGGGCGAGUUUCCUUAUUCCAUUAGUGAAUUCCUCCAUGGUCAAGAUUUGUGGUAGAUGCAUAGCAGCUCCCAUGAAUCUGAGUUACUAUCAAGACAUAAAUUUAUAUGUCAGCUUCUACAUCAAUCGCUCUGUUUUCACCGAGAGUGAUGUUUCUCUUUGUGAUAUCAAUCCUUCAAACAUUCACAGUGUUGCUGCUGUUGUUGCUCCCUUGAUGAAAUUAAUCAACUGUUUGAAAAUUAAACCUUCAACAGAUGCUAUAUCCACCCCCGGUGAUCUUGAUCCUAAGAAAUGUGUCAUUAACACACAAAUACAGGCCUUACGCAAGAUGACACAACUAGAGAAGAGAAUGAAUGCCGAGACUCUUCAUCCAUUUUGGGAGGAAUACAAGCUAUGCAACGAGAAGUAUAUUUAUGUUAAUAUUUUCUCUGGAGAAGCCACAACUCAAUUUCCAAAAUCAACCUCGACAACUAGAGGAGGGAUUUUGGUGGAUGCAAUGGGGCUGCUGGGGAAAACUGACUUGCUGAUUGAUUUAAUACUUUCAAGACCAUUGAAUAUAAACAAAAACACUCAUGAAGAAUCCAAACGAAAUGGAAGAUCAAAAGUGAAAGGCGGCACUCUAGUUAUCUGUCCUAUAUCGGUUUUUAGCCGGUGGAAGGAUGAGAUCGAGACACGUUCAAAACAAGACGCAAUAGGAAUUUCUGUUUACUUUGGUGGGUACAGAUGUACCAAUGAUCCUAAUAUCAUAAGAGAGCACGAUGCUGUCCUAACAAGCUACGAUGUUGUUACUGAAACUUUUAGGAAUGAUGGAGAAUGCAGCAUUUUCCAGAAAGUAGAAUGGAAAAGAAUAAUACUAGAUGAAUCCAAUACUAUUAAAGCAUGGAAAACAAUAGAAGCUGAUGCCAUUUUCAAUUUGUCUUCUCAAUCUCGAUGGUGUCUCACUGGUUCUUCAUCUGAUCAUGGGAACAAUUUAGAAGAUGUUUACAAUCACUUGCGCUUUUUGCGCAUUGAACCGUGGUUCAGCAAUAUGUCAUGGUGGGAGAAAAAUGUUGCAAGCCUAUGUAAAAGUGACGAUUCGAAAGGAAUGAAGAUGCUGAGAGGUGUUUUAGGAGCAAUCGUGAUAACAAUGGAAGAUACAAGGUGAGUUUUAACUCGGGUUUAGGUGCAUAUCUUAGAUUUUGAUAUGGAAAUGAUGUUAGGAUAAGAUUUGAUGAUCUUUUUGUAUGUUUUGAUCAUUAAUUUAUCUAUGAUUCCACGAUGGAAAUGAGAUAUGAACC